AGCCUCACGUUUUUUAUUCCGGAUCUUAAUAAAAUCCACACAGGAAACUGAAUCUUUCUCCUGUCGUUGUUCCUCUCUCUCCUAGUCUCCUACAAUGCAAUAACCCAACAAUAAAUGCUUUCCUCGACCUUAUCGAAUUCCUUCUCCUAAUUCGAUUUCUUCGAUCCGUUGUUAACCACACCAAAAACCCUAACUAACAUACUCGGACGGGUUCGACGAGCAAUCAAAACGGGGUUUCAUCCUCUGGCCAUGCAACUCUGGCUGUCAGCAAAUUCCCUCUCCAGAGAGGAUUCCUUGUAUUCUUUUUCUAAUUCUCGAAUCUCUGCUUUUUUUCUUUUCACAUGAAAUGUCCUCCACCGAUUCUCAUGCCCAUCCUCGUCCUAAUCCCAAGCAAUGUCUUCUCUGCAAUGCCGGCGCCGGUGCUGCUGCCGGAGUUAUUGCCGCUACAUUCGUCUGUCCUUUAGAUGUUAUCAAAACUAGGUUUCAGGUUCAUGGCCUGCCAAAACUCGAUGUUGCUGCCAAUAGUUUUAAAGGGAGUCUUAUAGUUAGUAGUUUGGAACAAAUAUUCCGGAGGGAGGGGUUGCGUGGUAUGUACCGGGGGCUUGCUCCAACCGUGCUCGCACUGCUUCCUAACUGGGCUGUUUAUUUUACAAUCUACGAACAGCUCAAAAGCUUUCUUUGUUCCAAUGAUGAAGGUCAUCAUCUUUCAAUAGGUGCUAAUAUGAUAGCUGCUUCUGGUGCUGGAGCUGUAACAGCUAUUUUCACAAAUCCUCUUUGGGUUGUAAAGACAAGACUUCAAACUCAAGGAAUGAGAGCUGGUGUUGUUCCAUAUAGGAGUACACUGUCUGCUUUGAGAAGAAUAGCUUACGAGGAAGGCAUACGUGGGUUGUACAGUGGUCUUGUGCCUGCAUUGGCUGGUAUCAGUCAUGUUGCCAUCCAAUUUCCAACAUACGAGAAGAUCAAAAUGUAUUUGGCCACCCGAGAUAAUACCGCAAUGGAUAAACUAGGUGCACGUGAUGUUGCUGUUGCCUCAUCAGUCUCCAAAAUAUUUGCUUCAACACUGACAUAUCCACACGAGGUAGUUCGCUCAAGGCUUCAAGAACAAGGCCACCACUCAGAAAAGCGUUACUCUGGUGUGGUCGAUUGCAUAAAGAAAGUAUUUCAACAAGAGGGUCUCCCUGGAUUUUACCGAGGGUGUGCCACCAACCUUAUUAGAACAACGCCAGCAGCUGUUAUUACAUUCACCAGCUUUGAGAUGAUUCACAGAUUUCUUGUUACCCUUUCCCCUCCUGAUCCACAGCCUCAGACAUUGUGAAGAUGGAUUUUAUUUGAGAAUAUUGCGUGGAUAGAUAAAACUUGCAUUGCCUAGAAUUUGCAACAUGGAAGAGCAGAUGAGGUUGGUCAGCGUCAUGAUGAUACCUUUUCUAGAUUAUACUAAGUAUUCAUAAUUGUCUCACGUAGUUUUUAGAAAUAUUGGAUGGCAUUGAUGCCCACAUCCUCUAGCGUAAAAUCUGCUACAUGAAGUUAUCAGAAGGGGAGUGAAUAUUAUGUUAAACUGACAGUGAUAAUGACGAUAAAAAGGGAUACUGUGUGAAUUUUUCAUAGGAACAUUAUUUUAUGAAUAAUAUUUAAUAAUCAGAAAUCA